CCGUUCUCAGAGGCCUCUUGGGCAGAAGAGGUUUUCGAGCUGAGAAUAUGGCCACUUCUUGUCAGCUUGCUUUAUUCCGAGUGCUUAGAAGUGGUUGGCUCUGAAGGUGUCAAACAGAAUGGAAAGAAGCUUGCAGUUAGUCAGAGCCGGAGCCACGACAGCACCGAUAAAGGCGCUCCCAGGCAAAACAAACUCAAACCUGAACUGACAAGUGAAAUGGUGCGGUCCUCCAACAUGAUGGUUUCAAACAAGGCUUCAAUCUUAUCAGAACCAAAGUUUGGACUAAGAGAUACUAUUGUUAAAUCUCAGCUUGUACAAAUGGAGGAAUCGUACACACACAUCCAAAACUUCAGAUUUUUUGUUGGGACGUACAAUGUGAACGGUCAGUCACCCCGAGAAAGCCUCCAGCCUUGGCUGAGGUGUGAUACUGAGCCUCCGGACAUUUACUGCGUGGGUUUCCAGGAGCUUGAUCUGAGUAAAGAAGCCUUCUUUUUCAAUGACACACCGAAGGAAGAAGAGUGGUUUAAAGCUGUAACUGAUAGUCUUCACCCAGAUGCCAAAUAUGCAAAGGUGAAACUUGUGCGGCUCGUGGGAAUCAUGCUUCUGUUGUAUGUGAAAGCAGACCUUGCUCUGAACAUCUCCGAGGUGGAAAUUGAGACUGUGGGAACUGGAAUCAUGGGGAGGAUGGGUAACAAAGGUGGUGUUGCCGUAAGGUUUAAAUUCCAUAACACUAGUGUGUGCGUUGUGAAUUCUCACCUUGCAGCUCACAUGGAGGAAUAUGAGCGGAGGAACCAGGACUUCAAAGACAUCUGCUCUCGGAUGCAAUUCUGCCAGUCGGAUCCAAAUUUGCCCCCUCUCACUAUUGGCAAACAUGAUGUGAUCUUGUGGUUGGGUGACCUCAACUAUCGUCUGGAGGAACUGGAUGUGGCAAAAGUGAAGCAGCUCAUAGAUGAGAAAGCAUUUCUAGAGCUUUGCCAAUAUGACCAGCUGAAGAGGCAAAUGAAUGCUAAUGCAGUCUUUGAAGGCUUUACAGAGGGAGAGAUUUCUUUCCAGCCAACAUACAAAUAUGAUGCUGGCUGCGAUGACUGGGACACAAGUGAGAAGUGUCGUGUUCCAGCGUGGUGUGAUCGGAUACUCUGGAAAGGGCAGAACAUUGCUCAGCUGAGCUAUCGCAGCCACAUGGCUUUGAAGAUCAGUGAUCAUAAGCCAGUUAGCUCUGUGUUUGAUAUCGGGGUGAAGGUUGUGAAUGAGGAGCAAUAUCGAAAAGCCUUUGAGGAAAUAGUGCGCUCCCUGGAUAAGCUGGAGAAUGCCAACAUUCCCUCGGUGACCCUCUCCCAGAGAGAGUUCCAUUUUGAGGACGUUAAAUACAUGCAGCUGCAGGUAGAGAAGUUUACAAUCCGCAAUGGACAAGUGCCCUGCCAGUUCGAAUUUAUCAGCAAACCAGAUGAGGAGACCUACUGCAAGGAGUGGCUGAUUGCCAAUCCCAGUAAGGGCUUUCUGCUCUCAGAUGCUGAGAUCACAAUUGAGUUGGAGGUGUUUGUUAAUAAAUCAACAGCUACACACUUAAACUCUGGAGAGGAAAAGCUUGAAGACAUCUUGGUCUUGCACCUCAACAGGGGGAAGGAUUAUUUUUUAUCUGUAACGGGAAACUACUUGCCAAGUUGCUUUGGGUCUCCCAUUCAUACCCUGUGUCACAUGAGGGAACCGAUCCAGGACAUGUCAGCAGAAGCCAUUCGGAAACUUACCCUGAUGCCACUAGAAACGAGUGAUGAUGCUGUUCAAGCUGAGAAGCCUAUGGACAUUCCGAAAGAGCUGUGGAUGAUGGUGGAUCACCUAUACCGCAACGCUUCCCAGCAGGAGGACCUGUUUCAGCAGCCAGGCCUCAGAUCAGAAUUUGAGCAAAUCCGAGACUGUUUGGACAAAGGAAUGCAUGAUACCCUCUUCGGCAGCAACCACUCGGUAGCAGAAGCCCUGCUGCUCUUCCUGGAGAGCCUGCCGGAGCCCGUCAUCUGCUACAGGUUGUACAGCAGCUGCUUGGAGUGUGCCAGCAGCUACCCACUGAGCAGCCAGAUCAUCUCUAACCUGCCAGCAUGCCAUAAAAAUGUGUUUGACUAUCUCAUGGCAUUUCUACGAGAACUACUGAAAAAUUCAGGGAAAAACCAUUUGGACGUGAAUAUCCUUGCUAGCAUAUUUGGUGGCUUGUUACUUCGACCUCCUCCUGGACGUCCUACACCUGAUAUAACUGAAAAGAAGAAGGCUCAGCAAUUUAUCCAUCAGUUCCUCUUGAGAGAAGACAAUUUACCAUGAAUUUCAGAUGUAGCUAAUCUGAUUUUUAAGUAUCAAAUUACUGUAAAAAUAUUUUUGUACAAUAUACUGGCUUUUUUUUUAAUAUCACGGUAUUUUAUACAAUCUGUUGCUUUUGAAGGUGCAGAUCAGGCAGUUUGAAUCAGGUGUCACUUUAAGCUGUAAAGUAUAUCGAAGUUCUAAAUAAGCUGUAUGUAGACAAGCAAAAAUACGAAA